GAAGAAAAUUGUACGAAAAUGUGUUCCAUCGAGUGUCAAGAUUUUUACGAUGGCGAGAAUUAUAAAUUACUGAAGGAAGUUAUUGCACGAAAUUCUGGAACGUUGAGAAAUUUCGAGAUCAAAAAUAAUUCCUGGAUGGAUAAGCGUGCCUUUGGAAAAUUUGAUUUUUACAAAAUUCUGAACCAGUCCUUCUCCCUCGAGUCCAUUGCCCUCACGAACGUUCCAAAGUUUCACACAAUUCCCGAGACGGUCAGAAUUUUGAAGAUAAAUUCCCCAAUUUCUGUCCGCGAUGCGAAACAGGUUUGGAAAUUUUGCGAGAACUUGAGUGUCCUCCAUCUGGAAAUUGAUGAGCGCAUGGAUUGCUCCCGAUUCGAAAAUGUCAUCGUCUUCACAGAGUUUGGGAGUCGACGUAUGUUCAAAAAGCGUACAACUGAGGACGACAUUGCAUCCUUUUCCGGCACACCUUUUCCACACUGUUUGUUCCGUAAAAUGAUUGACCGGUUAAGCAUGGAGGAAGUCGUGCUUGGGUUCAAGGUCCACUACUACACGGGAGACAGGCCGAGCUUCACCAACUUACCGGCCGUAUACUACACGCCCCUUAAGGAACGCCUAUUCGCCUGGAAGACGGAACUGGAGAACGAGGGACAUGCGGACAUUGAGGACAUUUCCCUGACCGAGGAGACCAUCACGGCCCCACCAUAUUCAGGGGGCAAAUUUCCGAACAUUUUUCCGUGGGAGGGUCGAAAUGGGGACAGGAUCCUGUUGAAACUGGGGGUGAAAUUUGUCCCAAAAGAAGAAGAUGCUUGAAGAUAACGUCUUAUCGAGACUCGAACAAUUUUUAAACUGAAGAAAUGAUACAAUUAAUGUUAAAAAGAUGCUUGAAGAUAACCUCUAAUCCAGUCUCGAACCAUUUUUAAAUUGAAGUGUUCCAAUAUUUUAAACUAAUUUGGUAGCCAUGGCAACCAUUUUUACGAAAAAUAAAUAAAUAAAUAAUCACUUGAAAAAAAAAUCAAUCCGUCCCUGCCCUUCGGAAGGUUGACACACACGUAAAAUUCGCUCCUGCAAAUUUAUCGUAAAUUUUUUCCCUCUAUUUUUGCCCCUACUUCAAAAUUUUACCAGUUUUUGUGGAAAGGUUCGAAACUUCUAAAAUUUAAAGUGUAUUGUUCAAAAAUUGUUCGAAAAAAAUGGGAUCAGUUUCGAACUUGAAGUGUUUUUCGGGUGAGGAUUUUCUCUUUGAUGGACUUCCAACCGAGAUUCAGCUUGAAAUUACGAAAUCCUUGGAUAACGAGUCCCUCAAGCAGAUGCGGUUAGUGAGUCGGCGUUGGAACGAAGGCGUGAAGAACAUUGUCUCCUUCGACUACAAACUGGCCCCCCUGACGGAUCAAACUGCUCGGAACGUGCUGCCCUUUUCCCAUCACAUCCGUACCAUCCAGGUCAACCAGUUGCUAAAUCGUGACCAAGUUCUUCGCCAAAUCAAACCCUUCGGUGUCAUCUCUUCUGCAGAGAAGAUCAUCCUCGGCGAACAAAUUGAUGCCUUCGUGGUGCGAAAAGUUCUAAAAAAUGCGACCGAUGUGGAAAAAUUCGCCCUUGAUCCGGUCGAUCCUCGCGUAGGAGAAGUUUUCCUCGGAUUUCGGGGUGUAUUCAGUAACGUGACAGAGUUUGAGCUCAAACUCAACCUGACCACCUCCCAACUGAAAGAAGAAAAACUCUUCCUCCGGAAAUUGUCCUCCACUCGAAAAUUCCCCAACCUCUUAAGCUACAACGUUGACUGGAAUUUGGUCACCCUUCGGACCGUGGAACAGUACGAUGAAGCCCUCCUCCUCCACUCGAUCUACAUCUCGCUCCACAACUUUCUCCACACGCAUCGCACCACGGUGCAGAAAAUUCGCUGGGAUUUUGGCAAGUUGGACAUCCCCGGAUUGUACGAUUAUGCCAAGAACAUGACCACCUACGUCGCAAUGAAGGAGAAAAUGAGCCAGGUCGCGUUGAAGGAGGUGACCGUCAAGUUGGGCUAUAUGGAAGGGGACGAACACUGGGAUUUGAACACAACCAUGCUCCGGAACCAGUUCAGCUUAACUAAGGUCGCCUUCACGGGGAACGUCAUUCCUGAACACGAAACCCCCAGUCGACUCCACUCUCUCGACGUGACGAUGGACGUUUUAAUGGAGAACAACAAGUCCACCUUGACCGAUAUCUACGUGCACAACAGGAUUUUCAGCUUUUACUGUAUCGAGCAUUGCAACCACUUGAGGAAGUUGGCGUUGAAGGGGGGGAGCAUCAUUUCGACACGGCCGCUGAACCAUAUCUCCGUUCCGAAAGGGUUGGAAGAGCUUCAUCUCGAUUUCAAGUUCAUUUUCCAACCAGACAUUAUCAAUUUGCUGGAUUGGUUUCCGAAAUUGGGGGAGUUGAAGGUUCUCACCAUCCAAUUGAACAUGCGUUGGACUGCGUUCGAAAGUUUCCCAACUUUCCAAGAUUUCCACCAACUCCUAAAACCACCUAAGCUAUGCAAUUUGAUUUUUCACUUUGAUGCCACCACGGCCUACAAGUUGCACGUGUUAAAGCAGAAGGUAGCCGAUUUGGAGGCAAGAUUUCGAAACUUUUCCGGACUACGGAUAACCUACGAGCAUUCCUUGGACGACAACAUCUUCACCCUUCGCACCACGCUGGAUCGCAACUUGUUCAAGGGAAUUGAGACCAAUAAUCCGGCCUGAAUUGGAAAUCAAGCAUGUUCAACCGUUAACUGAUGAUUCAUCUAGUCCUACGAACAUUUUUAAACUUAAAAAAAUUCUGAAUUAUGUUAUUACGUACACCGUCCUACAUUCCUUAAUCUAUUUACAAGUUUUAUGCCUUAUCUAAAUGUACCUUAUCGAAAUCUGCAUGUCACACUUUUAUGUUGAUACGUUUUUAAUCAUUUAUUGUGUAUUUGAAGAGGAGGAGGAAGGAACGAAGGUAUUUUAUUUAUUCGUGAAUGUGAAAUAAAUCAAGCAGUCCAUUUUA